AUGCUGGGCUAUGCAGGCUAUGACUCCGAGGAGGAAACGCCAGAUGUGGUUGAGCCACCGGCGAAGCGAGCGUGUGUGGAGACGGUUGCAACAGCUGCGAAGGCUGUGGCUGCAGUGCCCGCGCAACUGCAUAAGGAGGCGCCCAAGAGACUGCACCAGCAAAAGUUGCGAGAUCUGAAACGCGAGAUUGGUCUGGCGAGAAGUGCCACGGCGGUUGUGCAGGUCGUGCGACAACAUCUCUCCACUUGUUGGGACCUGCGCUGGGGUGCCGAAGCGCUGUACCAAGUGGCCAAACGCUCCACGGCACGAACCCGUCAGGAGUGGGCCGAGGAUAAGGCUGUCAUGAAGUUGGCAGAGAAAUUGAAAGAGGAAGCAGACUCCGCUCAGGGCGAAGCUGACCUCAUCUUGUUGGCUUUAGAAGCCUUGCGACGCAUGGCUCUGCAGGAGCCGGCAGAUCAAAAAGCAUACCUUGAGCGUGCGAUCACCUCCAUGGUGCGGAACCAGUGGCGAAAUCCGGUGAAGAGUCUUGCCAGACUCUUUUGGCUGGGAGCUCCUCUGUCCAAAGAAGGCGUCUUCAAAGAGCACUUUGACUCUAAGAAUCUGCCAGCACAGAUUCGGGCCAGGCAAAACGAGUUGGAUGGUCCUGAUGUCGCUUUGCUCCUUGCUGCCAUGAGGGGCUCCAGCGGCUUGAAAGAGAGCGCCCUGCAGUCAAAGGUGGUCUUGCGGCUCAAGGAGAAGAGCAUCCACCGUGGGCUUUCGGCCACGGACCUGGUGGAAAUGGCUGAAGCUUUGGAGGAAUUGGGGGUUAUGGAUGAGGCUGCCUUACGGCCACUGGGGCAAGAGGCUCUGAGGCGACGAGGUGAGCUCACGCCAGAUGAGUCGCACCGCAUCCACACCGCCUUCCAGGGGAUGAAGCUGCCCCUACCGCAAGUCUGGGAGACAGCGGGCAGCACGAAGACCAUGCAGAACUCCAUGGGAAAAGUCACCACUCAGGGCUUUGCCCUUCAGGAGGGGCAUGAGAAGAAACGCGGAAACAAUGAUAUCGAGCGAACGUCUCCUCCCAGAGUGGUCCGGGACUACAAGAUGUGCUCCUACUGA